UGCUAAUCCCGGCCCUGACCUUCUCUCAUGACCAGCUGCAGAAAGGAGAGCAUCCAUUGGCUCCAAGAUGACAUCCCGAGAACCAAGGACGAGCCUCAAGAAUGCCUACUCCUCUGCCAAGAGUCUGCUGCCUAAGGCGGAGGAGGUGGAGGCCGAGGACUACUGCACCCCCGGAGCCUUCGAGCUGGAACGCCUCUUCUGGAAGGGCAGCCCCCAGUACACCCACGUCAACGAGGUCUGGCCCAAGCUCUACAUCGGGGAUGAGGUCACGGCGCUGGACCGCUAUGGGCUGCAGAAGGCGGGCUUCACGCACGUGCUGAACGCUGCCCACGGCCGCCGGAACGUGGACACGGGGCCCGACUACUACCGCGGCAUGGACAUUGAGUACCACGGAGUCGAGGCCGACGACGUGCCCACCUUCGACCUCAGCGUCUUCUUCUACUCGGCGGCCGCCUUCAUUGACGGUGCGCUCCACUCUGAUCACAAUAAGAUCCUGGUUCACUGCGUCAUGGGCCGCAGCCGCUCGGCGACCCUGGUCCUGGCCUACCUGAUGAUCCACAGGAACAUGACCCUGGUGGACGCCAUUCAACAAGUGGCCAAGAACCGCUGUGUCCUCCCCAACUGGGGCUUCCUGAAGCAGCUCCGGGAACUGGACAAGGAGCUGGUGCAGCAGAGGCAACAGGCCCAGCACAGCGACGACGGCGACAAGGCCAGUGAGAAGGAGCUGUAGGGCCCCCCUUGGGAAGGGAGAGAGAAGGCUGAUAGGGCUC